AUGCUUAUGGAUCGGUCUAAAGAUGGUAAAUAUGAAGAAUCACUUAUAGAUUUUAAUAAAUCAUUGGAAAUCGAUCAAAAUAAUGCAGAAGCAUUGUCUUGUCGUGUAAUGACGCUUUUAGAUAUGGGUCAACGCGAAAAAUCUCUUGCAGAUUUAAAUAAAUUAUUAGAAAUACAUCCUUAUUGUGAAGCUGGAUUAACAGCUCGUAUUUUGGUUUAUCAAAGGAUGGGGAAAUACGUAGAUGAGUUUUUAAAAUUAUCUAUAAUUGGUCUAGAAAUUGAUUUUUUUGCAACAAGAAAUAACGGUUAUAUAUAUAGUCAAUUAGGGCAAUAUGAAGAAUCAAUUACAUGUUUAAAUAAAACAUUGGCAAUUAGAUCGAAUGACAUAACAUCAUUAUGUUCUCGUGGAAGUACUUAUUUAAAAAUGGCUAACGAAGCUUUCCUAAUUAAUCGUGGAUAUAUUUAUAGCGAGAUGGACAAAUAUAAUGAAUCUAUUGCAGAUUUUAACAAAUCAUUAGAAAUUAGUCCAAAUAAUGUUAUGACAUUGAAUGCUCCAUAUCAAAAAAUAGGAAAACAUAAUGAGUCGCUUGCAGAUUUAAAUAAAUCAUUGGAAAUUAGUCCAGAUUUCCCAGAUCAUAUACCUAUAUUAAUGCACCGUGGGAUAGCCUAUUACAAUCUGGAUAUGUUUGAAGAAUCUUUGAAUGAUUUAAACAAAUUUUUGGAAUCAGAUCCAAAAAACGAGACUGCAUUAAAAUAUUGUAAAGAAAUUUAUCAAAAGACGACAGGCUUUAAGUUUUUUUAA